GACAUGAAGCACGACCUGUGGUUCUGGGACGGCAACAGCUGCACCGAGUGGAACUUCCACCGCGGCAACUGCAUGUAUGUCUUGCAGGACCACGAGCUCAAGAGCAAGGCCGCGUGCCUCGAGACCUGCAAGCCGCCGUCCGCAAACGACACCGAAGAGGCGCAGCUCCCGGCCGUGUGCAGGGCCGCAAGAUCUGCGCCCUGCUCCACCGCCAAGAUGCGCUUCCCGUUCUUCGCGGCGCGCAAACCCGGCGGCGGCUUCAAGUGCGUCGAAGCGAGCGCCGAGCGCCUGCAGCGCCGGCUAUGUCUCGCCCCCGGCAACAUCUUCGCCUCGAUCAAAGCGUGCAACGCAACGUGCAAGCGCGGCGGCAGCGAAAAAAAUUGACAGUAAUACAAUCGUGUUUUCGUU